AUGUUACGUCUGUCAAUACACUGGCAAAAGGAAACCCACACUGUGAACGCUAUAAAUAUUUCCAGCUUUUCUCUCUUUGCCAUUUCUUCCAUGUCAUUGUCAUUUGCAUUGUUCUCUCUUUUACUCAUUGUUCUUUCUUUUCUCUCUCACGUUUCCUCUUUUCUUUCUUUCUUUUUCUUUACACAAGUCCAAUUUCACACACGGUCCGGCUGUAACAGAGAUAUACACUUUCUUUCUCUCUCUGGUUUUCUCUUUUCUUUCUUUCUUCUUCUUUACAUAAUUCAGCUUCAAACACGGUUCGACUGCAACAGAGAUAUAUACUUUCUUCUCUCUGGUUUUCUCUUUUCUUUCUUCAAACGCAGGCUGUAUUCGCAGCGUACAAAUUUCCUUGCGUCCUUUGUGAUAAAUAACUCGAUUUAUCUUCUUCAAUUUGGAGUUAACGAACAGAAAUACAUAUCCUCAUAUUUCUUAUCCGGAGUUGCUUGGGAUGAAUCGGACAAGUUCCAUCAUUACCAAAAUGAGUCUCAUCUUUCCGUUCAUAAGUUAUCAGCGCUUCGAUUUCGAGUCUUGCUCCUUCAAAGACAAGACAACUGA